AUGACAGGCCCGUUUAUUGUAAUAAAAAUAUCAAAUAUAUCAUUUGAUAAAGAAGUAUAUGAUAUAGAGUAUGAUCGCAUUUUUGAUUAUACAUUAAAUAUUGAAUAUUUCGCAUCCAAUGACAUUGAUUUAAUUAUCUGGUCUAAUGAUUCUUCUAGUAGAAUAAUUCAAGAAUCAAUAUACAUCGAUCUGAACGAAAAUAUGAUUCAUGGUCUUGGAGAAAUUACAGAUAUUUAUAAAAAAGGGAAAAAUACUCUUUAUUUUCAAUUAAUAGAUAAAUCAACAAAUAUUACAUCAAAGAUUUAUAAUAAAUCUUUCCUACUCACAUAUAAGCCACAAUUGGAAAUAACUCAUUUCAACACGAAUGAAAUAAUAGGAUAUGUUACACAUAGAAAUGAAUAUAAUGAGGUGAUUGUCAAAGCAUUUAUUGAUGAUGAAGAAAUUGAAUUUUGUUCUACAUAUGCUCAUUCAAUAGAUAUUGCUCGAAAGGAAUUUCAUUUAGAAUUGCACAUGGAUAGAAACUCUAAUUAUACCAUUAAGAUUAUUGCAAUAGAUAGUGAUUCAGUACAAAGCGACCCAGAAUUUGUCAGAUUAGAAGAUGCAUAUAUUGAAUUACUGGACGUCAAUUUUAAUAAGACAAUUUUGAAACCUAAUGAGCACGCAUUUGUAGUAACUGGAAAUGGUAUUUCAUGGAUUCAACCAAAGAUCCAUUUAAAAAUAAAUGGAAAUGAAAUCAUUAUCCAAGAAGAGAUAAACUAUAAAGAAAACACUAAUGAGUUCACAUUUUCGAUUUCAUUUUAUUUUCAUGAUUUCUACAAAGACUGCUCAAAUACUCUUCAAGUCUGGAUGACGACAUCAAAUGGAAUUUCGAAUGUAAUUGAAAAUAAGUUUUGUUUCAGAGAAAUGACUGACAAUCCUCUUUCUUUCAGCUCUCUGAACACAGUAUUAAAGCACAUAAAGAGACGCUAA